ACGCCCCCCAUUUCCUGACCCGCAGUAGCUGACACUAAUCAGAUUUUGCUACUUGAAGAAGAGAAGACGAAGCUCUUCAAAGCCAUCACUUUACGACAAGCUUGGUAUGAUACGCCCUGUACUCCGGGCUCCUUUGUCCACGUUAUCGGAGAGUUUUCAUCUACUGGACAAUGUAUCGUUGAUGACCAACACAAUAUGUUAAUCUUGCAUCCGGACCAUCUGAUCUCAGCAACUGUCGUUGCUGACUCAUUUGGAUGUCUACGCAGAGCGGUGCUCCAGGACCGCGUCAAGGCGACUAGCAAGGCCAAUUCACCAAUGCUUUACGGAACACUCCUCCACGAACUCUUCCAAGAAGCCCUCAAAGUGAACAAAUGGGAUUCGGCAUUCCUUCUAGAAACCAUCGAUAAGCUUUUGCCCAGUAAGUUCGAGACUAUACUCGAAAUUAACUCAACUUGCGAGGCGAUCAAGGAACAUAUGAGCAGUAAAUUGCCUGAGCUGCAAGCUUGGGCCAAGGUAUUUGUUCGUGCAGAGCCUCGAUCUGAUGCUGUCGUUCGAGAGCGAAACGGGCGACAGGCGACUAUGAGUAUCAACAAACUUCUUGAAGUGGAAGAGCAUGUUUGGUCACCUAUGUAUGGCUUGAAAGGAAACAUUGACGCCACGGUUCAAGUCACGAUGCAGGAUGAUCUAGGUGAACGUACUUUGACCGUUCCGUUUGAGGUGAAGACGGGUAAGAAUUCAUCCAACGCUGCGCAUGUAGCGCAGACAGCUUUGUAUAAUUUGCUUUUGUCCAAUCGAUAUGAUGUUGAGAUUGCAUACGGUAUCUUGUAUUACCUUGAAACCUCCGACAUCAGUCGUAUUCCUGCUAUUCGUAACGACAUUAUCCAUAUGAUCAUCAAGCGUAAUGAGCUGGCCUGUUACGUGCGAGAUCGCAUCGAGUUGCCGCCAAUGCUAAAGGAAGAUUUCAAGUGUGGAAAUUGCUAUGCUCAAGAGUCAUGUUUCUUAUAUAACAAGCUGGUCGAAGGUGGUGACGGCGAGUUGUUGAACAAGAAGGCUAAGGAGCGUUACGACGAGCUCGUAAAGCCACUCAAACCCUCAGACCAGGAGUUUAUGAAGAAGUGGGACAUGCUUCUAACCAAAGAGGAGUCCGAUAUGAUGAAGUUCAGACGAGAGUUGUGGACUAUGCUUAGCACCGAGCGCGAGAAACUGGGUCGAUGUUUCUCGAACGUGAUCUUAGAGCCCGGGUCUGGACACGAGGAGCAGAACGGCCAGAAGAUCAACCGUUACAGUUACACUUUCACUAAGCAACGACCAAAGCCUGGAUUCUCAUUCACGGAGUCUCAACUUAUCGUCGGAGAACCGAUCGUUGUUUCAGACGAGCAAGGUCACUUUGCACUUGCGAAUGGGUAUGUCACAAACGUCAGGAAGCGUCGCAUCACCGUGGCUGUUGACAGACGGUUGCACAACUCUCGUACAAAGCUUCCUGGUUUCAACUCGCAGAGCAACCAGACAUUCACCGGCAUCAUGGAGGUCACCAAAGAGGGCCAAACUAUUCCAAAGUACGAAUUUGACGAAGAGCCUGUGCUGUACCGAUUGGAUAAAGACGAGUUCAGCAACGGCAUGGCGGCAGCUCGCAACAACCUUAUCCAGAUCAUGGAUGAUAGUGUUUUCAAAGCUCGGGACUUGCGCGCGUUGAUAGUCGACGGUAGAGCUCCGGUGUUCAACCCUGUCGCGGCUGCCGCUGUCAUUCCCCAAUCGUCACAGAUGUCCAUGAACUCCGACCAAAAGGCUGCCAUCUCCAAGGUCAUGUCUGCGAAAGACUACGCUCUUGUGUUAGGCAUGCCGGGAACAGAUUCGGAACGACAAAAUCGGCAUCCUACGUCUCGGAGCUUCGACCAAGAUUCACCGCGAAGUCAGAGAAUUCGCAACUUUGGCUGCAGAGCCAAAAGAUAGUCUUGAAGAACUGGAGAGGUCGUGGAUGGAGCCGCCAGUUGUGGCUACCACUUGCCUGACCAUCAACCACCCGUUGUUCAACCGCCGAGUCUUCGACUACUGCAUUGUUGACGAGGCUUCUCAGAUCACGCUGCCGGUCUGUCUCGGUCCGAUUCGAAUGGCUAAAAAGUUCAUCUUGGUGGGUG